AUGCGCGAUCUGCGCAUGGUAACCAUCGUGACAGUCACUUCCCCCGAGUUCUGGGACCGAGUCGCUCCCAGUUACAGCAAGCAACCCAUCGCCGACGCAGAGAGCUACGCACGCAAGCUCGCCGCCACUCAGGCGCUCAUGCGUGCAGACAUGCAGGUACUGGAGUUCGGUUGCGGGACUGGAUCGACAGCACUCAAGCACGCGCCACAUGUUGCACAUAUCGUGGCAACCGAUGUAUCCGCUGCGAUGAUCGGCAUCGGCCGCGAAAAGGCAACGGAUGCGGGCGUCGACAACGUCACCUUCAGACAGGCCGGAGUGGAGGACUUCGAAGCGCCGGACGGCAGCUACGACAUGGUGCUGGCGCUCAACCUGCUGCACCUCUUACCUGAUCAAACGGCGGCGCUGGCCAAGAUCCAUCGGUUGCUCAAACCCGGGGGCAUCUUUGUAUCAAGCACUGUCUGCCUCGCUGACCGGAUGUGGUUGCUUCGACCGGUCAUUCCGGUGCUGCAAUGGCUCGGGAAAGCCCCCUACGUGAGCUUCCUGCAAUCGAACCAGGUAUUGCGCGAGGUGGCAGCAGCUGGCUUUGAAGCACAGGAGCACUGGACACAUGGACGUACGAGCAGCUUGUUUCUGGUCACCAGCAAGGUCUGA